AAUGAAAUCAUUUUUUGCUUUUUCUAGUUGCUGGAUCUGUUUUAGAAGGGAGUGAAUACUGUCCUUGUCAUUUGGUGUUUCUGUUCAAAAACCUAUAAGCAACAUGAUGAAAAUCAGAACAAAAGAAGACUAGAUUUGGUUAAAAUUGGGGGAAUAGAACUCAAUUGAACUUCAUCACUGAAGUAGUCCAAAUGAACACUUGUCUAUAGUUUGCUUUUAGAGCAGCUGCAUUUUGGGGGGGCUAAGGCACCAUUAGUCCCUUCCCCUCUCACUGUUAAUAGUAACAUGCUUUUAAGUUACUUUGCAUAAAAUCCAGUCUUGAAAAGCCUGCCUUGCUCUUACAAUAUAGUUUCCAUUGUCUGUCUCCUCUUACUCUGGGUGAAUAGAAGGCUUUGUGGUAUCAAUUCAAUAAAAUAAGAUUUCAUUUACUUAGGAUUUCUUCAAACCCCUUUACAAUCCUAGAUGAAUCCAUACAGCUGUUUUCCUCUUCGAUAUUUCCCCAGCACAAGGAGGAAAUCUUUGCAGCGUUGUAGAAAAACAAACUGCUAGUGUUCAGAUUAACAUUGUAAAUUAGCAACAGAUCUUGGCUCUUAUGGGGAUUUGUCUUUUGACAAAUGGAGAUAAAUCUGCAAUACACUUUCUUUAACCACUCUUCUAGUUCAAUAGUUUCCUUACAGUUAUUUUAUUUUUUUUUUUUUUUAAAGUGCUCCUCACCAUAUGAUAGCAGUAUCUGAUGAUUUAGCCAGAUCAUACACUGUACUAAACACUGAUUAUAGUAAAUAACUUGCUGGAAGGCAUAAUGUUUUUGUUCAGUGAAAAGGUGCUAGAAAUGAAAAAGCAAUCAAACAGGAAUGAAGAAAAUGUCUUGUACUCAACUUUCUAACUUUUCUUCAACUCGCCCGUUUUUUGCUUGAAAGCUGCUAAUAGACUGUGAGAGAUGAUGUGAAGAGAAAGAAGGCAAAUAGCAAGAUAAAGUUGCUGAUAAUAUCAAGUUGUUAAAGACAGGAGAUACAGAAGUUGACUGAAGAACUGCAGGAAGAUCUUGCAAGUUGAAGAAGUGAUACAAAAUUCUGUGGAAGUAUGUGGAAGAAGAUGGUUCUAGCUUUUCAUAUGAGGUAUUUAGCUCUGAGCCAACUACUACAACAGUAGAAAUAAAUCUUUGAGCUGUUAUAAGACAGUAUCAUUACCAUAUUUAGAAUUAUAGUCCAAAAAGCAGAGCAAUAGGAAUAGAAAAAUAGCAUUCUGCUACUGUACAAAGCUAUGAUUUCAAUAUGGCAUGCAAUUCUGAUCUGGGUUUCUAGAGAGAUGUAUGGUAGAGCUAGAAAAAUGUCAAAGGAGGACUGUUUAAAGGUGACCAAAGGCAAUAACAACAUCAGAGUGCCCAAGACAAAUGCUUCAGCUUGGAGGAGUGGUGGUGGAGGCAGAAUAAGGUAAAGGCCUGUGAAGAUCACAAGUGGUGGGGAAAGCACCAACAGGUAGCGAUCAUUUGGCAUUGGCCACUAUACAGACUGAAGAACUUCAAAAGAAAUAAGAGCAGUUGAGUUGUUGAUAACUUAUCACAUAAAAAAUAUCCUCCCAGAAUGUUUAGUUUGCAUUACUUCAAACAGCAACUAGGUAAAAAAAUACAAGCAGCAUGUUGUUGGGAAAUUUAAUUACAACAAUGCCAGGUUUCGCUCAGAAAGACCUUGAGAUACAACCUCUUGGAGGUUUGAGAAGUAUUCUGGAAUAAUACCAUUACCCUUUGCCCAGGCAGCUUCUGUUGGCAAUGGUAGCAGCAGGACACUGGGCUGUGACCCAGAAUGGCGGUUGUUACAUGACUGAAGAAUCCCAGCUGUCAGCUACUGACUUGCUAUUGACAUAAAGCGUUCUGCUAAACCUGAGGCGUGGGACUUGUUUUCCCUAUCACGCUUCCUUUAGAUGCUCUGUAGUUUUGAUGUUAACCAUCAAGAAGUACUUGUAUUUCCUAAAAAGAAAAAAUAAUCUCAGUGCCUAACUUUACAGUAGUGUUGCCACUACAGAGGCAGAUACGUAUAAAAUACGUUUGUAUUUUAGCUGCAUAAAAUUCCUUCAAGUUGAAUAUAUCAACUAGCCUCGUUCCUCUUCAGUUAUUUUUAAAACAUUGGUUUUCUUUUGUUAUGUCAAAACCCCCAGAUCUCUACUGAAAUAAUAUCAGAAACCCACUUAAUUGAAUUAGCAUUUUCAAUCCACAUCCACUCAACUCAUAAUAAACUUUGUCUAUUAAUUUACAGUUAUCUUUCUUUGUAAUAAAACUGACUUUAUUACUACACCAGCAACUUAAACAAUUGUGUUUUUUUGUAGGUUUGAUGACUUUUAGAAUAGGUUAUUGAACUUGCGCAGUCUGUCAUUUUUUUUUCCUUCAAAGCUCUAUUAGUUCUGCGUUAACCUAGAAAGGCUUUUCUAAAAAAAAGUUAUUUCUAUGAGUACAUUAUUGUCUUAGUACUGAACUCAGACACACGAGGGCUAAACACCGCUGUUGGUGGACUUGAGACAGCAAAUGUAGCGACACAGCCUGAAACUGUGAAGCUGUUGGGGUUGAGCUUGGAAUUCUCUUCCUGCCGAGCCCAGGGUUUGUGUUACUUGGUUAUUUGGCAGCUGUUGGAUGUGGGGCUGGUGAAUGGAGCCCCUUGUCUGCUCCGCAGAGCCAGUGACAAGUGACAAGUCUGGGUUUUGCCACCGGGAAGCGGCGCAGCAGCCAGGAGCUAAGUUUAGUGUGUUGGACGUGUUUCUCUGACCUCAUACGUGCAUGUUCAUGCUGCCUCCCCCUAAAAGUGAAUCAGCCCAGAGGGCUGAGGAGCAGCAAGACAUAAAAGUCCCUCAGCUGAAUGUUGGACUCUGGGGAUCUCCUGACAAGGACCCUCAUUAAGAGCUUUCCCUGGUUCUGUUGUUAACAAGACAGCAUGUGAUUUUUGGGCAAGUAUUCAUGCUAAAGCUCGGCUUUUCUUGGAGAAAAGAAAACGCUGGUUUAUUUUCUAAGACAAAUAGAUUUCAAAGGAGGCAAGAUCACAAGAGUAUUUUAGUCUAACGAAGUAAAUAUUUUAUAAAAGGAAAGCCCUUCUUUGUUCACGAGAAGAAAAUGGCUGUGGACAAUGGCUUGAACAGCAUAUUGCUUGCUGACAAAUGAGGGUGGCAGUGUUGUGAUUUAUUUUUAGCUAGAGAAUUUUUUUUUUUUUAAACAGAAGUACUCUAGCUUUGGCAGUUGCUGCAUAUUCAGUGUGGGUGGAUGGAACUGAGAAGUCGCAUCUGUGCUAACAAGCGUUUUGGGAUUCCAUUAAAAAAAUUAAACUCAUGUACUGGAAACUGAAGCUGUAUCAGCUCACCUGGGGAGCUCUGCCCUCUGAAUAUCCUCCGAAAGAGGCCCUGCACCGCCCCUAUGGUUGCGAUGUCGAGCCCCAGGCACUGAAUGAAGCCAUCAGAUGGAGCUCCAAGGAGAACCUGCUCGGAGCCACCGAGAGCGACCCCAAUCUCUUUGUUGCACUUUACGAUUUUGUAGCAAGCGGCGACAACACGCUCAGCAUCACCAAAGGUGAGAAGUUGCGAGUCCUGGGUUACAACCAGAAUGGUGAAUGGAGUGAGGUACGUUCGAAGAACGGGCAGGGCUGGGUACCAAGCAACUACAUCACGCCGGUGAACAGCCUGGAAAAGCAUUCGUGGUACCACGGGCCAGUGUCCCGCAGCGCAGCAGAGUAUCUGUUGAGCAGCCUCAUCAACGGCAGCUUCCUGGUUCGUGAAAGCGAGAGCAGCCCAGGGCAGCUGUCCAUCUCGCUCAGGUACGAAGGACGUGUUUACCACUACAGGAUCAAUACCACCUCAGAUGGAAAGGUAUAUGUGACAGCAGAAAGCCGUUUCAGCACGCUAGCAGAGCUAGUGCACCAUCACUCGACGGUAGCAGAUGGACUGGUGACAACUUUGCAUUACCCAGCACCCAAGUGCAAUAAGCCCACUGUCUAUGGAGUGUCCCCCAUCCACGACAAGUGGGAGAUGGAGCGGACUGACAUCACCAUGAAGCACAAACUCGGGGGAGGGCAGUAUGGCGAGGUGUACGUUGGUGUCUGGAAGAAAUACAAUCUCACAGUUGCUGUGAAAACAUUAAAGGAAGAUACCAUGGAGGUGGAAGAGUUCUUGAAAGAAGCUGCUGUGAUGAAAGAGAUCAAGCACCCGAAUCUAGUGCAGUUGUUAGGUGUGUGUACCCUGGAGCCUCCCUUCUACAUCGUGACAGAAUACAUGCCCUACGGGAACCUGCUGGACUAUUUACGGGAAUGCAACCGGGAGGAAGUGAGUGCUGUGGUGCUACUCUAUAUGGCCACCCAGAUCUCCUCCGCUAUGGAGUACCUGGAGAAGAAGAACUUCAUUCACAGGGACCUGGCAGCGCGGAACUGCUUAGUUGGAGAAAAUCAUGUGGUGAAGGUGGCCGACUUUGGCUUAAGUCGGCUUAUGACUGGAGAUACCUACACAGCUCAUGCUGGAGCCAAGUUCCCGAUCAAAUGGACUGCUCCCGAGAGCCUGGCCUAUAACACCUUUUCAAUCAAAUCAGACGUGUGGGCCUUUGGGGUGCUGUUGUGGGAAAUUGCUACCUAUGGGAUGUCACCAUACCCAGGCAUUGACCUCUCUCAGGUGUAUGAUCUGCUGGAAAAGGGAUAUCGGAUGGAACAACCCGAGGGGUGCCCUCCAAAGGUUUACGAACUGAUGAGGGCAUGUUGGAAAUGGAACCCGCCAGACCGACCAUCCUUUGCUGAGACCCACCAGGCUUUUGAAACCAUGUUCCACGACUCGAGCAUCUCAGAGGAGGUAGCAGAGGAGCUGGGAAGAACAGCUUCCUCCUCAUCCAUAGUUCCUUACUUGCCCCGGUUACCCAUGCUUCCCUCCAAGACCAGAACGCUGAAGAAACAGGCAGAGAACAAGGAGAACAUUGAGGGAACACAAGAUCCAGUGGAGCACUCGGCUUCCAGCUCAGCACCAGGUUUUAUCAGAAGCACGCAGCCAAGCAGCGGGUCUCCCGCGCUGCCUCGCAAGCAGAGGGACAAGUCCCCCAGCAGCCUGUUGGAAGAUGCCAAAGAGACCACUUUCACCAGGGACAGGAAAGGCGGCUUCUUCAGCUCCUUUAUGAAGAAGAGGAAUGCUCCCACGCCUCCCAAGCGCAGCAGUUCCUUCCGGGAAAUGGAGAAUCAGCCCCAUAAGAAAUACGAGCUGACGGGUAACUUUUCAUCUGUUGCUUCCUUGCAGCACGUGGACGGGUUCUCUUUUGCUUCCGCGCAGCAGGACGCAAGCCUGGCACCACCCAAGUGCUACGGUGGGGGCUUUGUGCAGAGGACCUUCUACAAUGAUGACAGCACUGGUACCAGCAGCGGUGGGGGCGUAAACACCGGUGGUGGGUGGUCGGGCAUCACUGGCUUCUUUACACCACGCUUGAUUAAAAAGACACUGGGUUUACGAGCAGGAAAACCCACUGGCAGUGAAGAAGCUUCAAAGCCUUUUCCAAGGUCAAACUCUACAUCUUCCAUGUCCUCAGGGCUCCCAGAGCAGGAUAGGAUGGCAAUGACCCUACCCAGAAAUUCCCAGAGGUCAAAAAUCCAGCUGGAACGGACAGUGUCCACCUCUUCUCAGCCCGAUGAGAGCACGGGGAGGGCCAGUGACCUGCUUCCCAAAAGGUUUGAAGAAGGCCCUGCUUUGACCAGAGAGAGACCAAAAGCAAAACUCUUGCCGCGGGGUGCCACAGCGCUCCCCUUCCGAACCCCCUCCGGAUCGGAAGAGAAGGAGAGCCCAGGGCUCGCAGCAGCUCCUAAGGGCAAAGAAAAAAACAGUGGCCCACGGCAAGGGGCCCUUGAGGAUGGCGAGAGACCGGGGUGGUCAUCUCCAGGAAAGGCUGCAGCAAUACUUCCAACCACUCAUAACCACAAAGUGCCAGUCCUAAUCUCACCCACUCUAAAACACACUCCAGCAGACGUGCAGCUCAUUGGCACAGACUCUCAGGGUAACAAAUUUAAGCUCUUAUCUGAGCAUCAGGUCACUUCUUCUGGCGACAGGGACCGGCCCAGACGGGUAAAACCAAAGUGUGCUCCACCUCCACCACCAGUGAUGAGGCUCCUACAACAGCCAGCUGCCUGCUCAGAUGCAGCAGAAGAGCUGAGCAACGCGGCGGGAGCGCAGCACGCACUGGAGUCGAGCGAUGGGAGUAAGAAGGCAGCAGCAGCACCUGUUGGUGGAAAAUCUGGGAGGCCCGUGAUGCCUCCGCCUCAAGUGCCUCUGUCAUCGUCUUCCACCUCCCCAGUGAAAAUGGCCAACGGCACGGCUGGUGCAAAAGUAGCACUAAGAAAGACCAAACAGGCAGCCGAGAAAAUCUCCGCAGACAAAAUCAGCAAGGAAGCGCUGCUGGAGUGCGCAGAUCUUCUCUCAAGUGCCAUUGCCGAGCCAACACCAAACAGCCAGCUGGUGGACACGGGGCACCAGCUCCUGGAUUACUGCUCAGGCUACGUGGACUGCAUCCCGCAUACACGCAACAAAUUUGCCUUCCGGGAAGCUGUGAGCAAACUGGAACUCAGCCUGCAGGAACUGCAGGUGUCCUCAACAGCUGCUGGGGUCCCUGGGGCAAACCCCGUCCUUAAUAACUUAUUGUCAUGCGUCCAAGAAAUCAGCGAUGUGGUGCAAAGGUAGCUACUGUCAAUCUGGGUAAGAGAAAUACAGGCGGGGAGGGGGGGACUUUCUUUCUGUACUGAUGCUUUCAAAAGGAAAGACUGAUACUUGAGUAUGUGAAGUACCUCAGAUCACUGAGUUCUCCUCACGUUUACAGGUUCAUCUCAAAAAAAAAAAAAAGAAAAGGGGGAUGGAAGGGGUAGAUUAAAGCUGUAAAGGGGCAGAACAUCAAGUAUCUGUCCCUACCUUGCCACUCUGAUCUGCUCAGUGUGGUGAGGGAAGUCUUUGCUCUUCCCUCGGAGAGGCAGGAGAAUCGAUGGCAGGUUCUUGCUCUGGGAAGGACAGUUUGAUGUGUGAUGGCUGGAGUACUGGAGUGGCUGCAGGCUGUGCGGCUGUACAGAUCCUCCCCGCCUGCACAAACACACACUUUGCCCUCCCAACGAGGGGCAGGAAAGGCCCUGGGGCUGCCAUGGUACCAACCACCGAGCAGCCGGAGCUGGAGCAGCUCUGCAGGGGGAGGUUGCGUGCGGCUGGGGGAAAGGUCUAAUGCACUGACAGUGUUCAGAGCUGCUGGAGGUGGAUGCACUAGCCUGGAUGAUGGCUUACUUCCACAGCGCUGCUGCUGCUGUAAUGAGAACUGCAAAAUUAAGUUAAUAUAUGAAACUCUCCCUUUUCCCUCCUGUCCACCUUAUGUUCUCAUCUUCGUCGUAUCAGAAGCGUCAGGGAUGCUGGGCAGACUUACCACUGGAAUACCCCCUCCCCACCACACAGCCUCUGCUCAGCUCUUACCUAUUUCUAGUGGUCUAGCACGGGUGCUGCUUGUUGGUCUUUUGUGAGUAGUUUGGGGCUCUUGCACAACUUGCCAGUGUUGUUAUUGAGGGUGGGUGGGUUUGGUUUGUUUUUUUUUUUUUCUUUAAGCUCUAGUUUGUUUUUUACCUUGUUACCAGGUUGACUCCCCAGUUCAGUUCCAUCAUCUUGAGGACCCAUGGUAGGUCAGGCGGAGCCUCUGCCGCUCCUGGCUGCUCUCCACAUUCCUUUAGCAGGCGGAGAGCCGCCCGCCCACCGCGCACCCUCGCUGCUGCGGGGUUCCCUGGGCCCGUCCCUACUCCUGAUGUAACACAAACACUUCACGCUGACAGUGUCCUGGGGUUUGUUCUAGUGCUUACCCGUCUCACAGGCUUUCCACCUGCAUGUGAAGGUGACUAUGUAUGUCAGCACAUGGGGAAAUCACAGCCAUCUUUUUUUAAUUUAUUGCUGCAGUUUAAAGGCUAGAUCAGAAUCUCGCGUUAAGGCUCUACCCAGUGAGCUCCCACAAGGUUAUGGUCGCUGAUGUUUGCUGCCUACUGACAAUCCCAGGGUGAAAGCUGUCAUAUGCUUGAAGUUGUCUUCCUUGGUCCUAGUGCUCUUUGUAGCUGUCGUGAACUCAAAAAUCUGAUUUUCUGUGUAUACGCACAGCUCCCCGAGAUGUACAUGGACUGGCGAGUAGGAAGAGCUCAACUCACUGUUGGUUUGAGAGAGGAAGAAAACAGGCCUGAUACCUGGUUCCAAAUACACAUUACCCUGCAUGCUGCUGCUCACUUCACACUGUUGGUGAUGACAGAGGAUCUGGCUUGCUUUGCACCUUAAAUCUCUUAUUUUUGGCUAAAAUGCUUUUUUUUAAAAAACGUUUUUAAAGUGUGACUGUGCUGCUUUUAGUUUGAGCAUUUAGAAUUGAGCUGGGGCACAGGCGUGAAUGUAGAUGGGCACUUAUGUUUCUCUAGACACAUCACCCUGUUGAUGCUUGAACUCAGCUGGGCUGUCUCACUGAGCGUCCCUGUUUUUCCCAUGGAGCACAGUGAGACAGUGGCCUGAAAAAUCUUUAGAAAUGGGCUGGUGUCUGAGAAUCCUCUUUUUAUUACUGGUCUGUGGUAAACAGAGUUGUGUCACAAUGCAUGAAUGAGCACCAGUGGAGCAGCACGCAAAGCAAAACGGACCACGUGAACUUCACUGUCCCAAGUAAGUGAGAUGGUGAGAAAAAGAAAACAAAAAGCAAUCCCUCCGGCCCAACUGACAGGCAUUAAAGUGAAUUAAUUAUUCCUACAAGUCAGGUUUUUUCCCAGUGAGCUGGUGCCUAAGUGGAGACAAAGGAAAGUGCAGCGUGGGUUACUCAUCCUGACUUAGCAGCACCAGGCUGGCCCAACAAAGCCAGCUGUCUGGUUCUGCAGGAGGAUUUUGAGCUUGCCUGGGGUCCGCAGGGGAGGCCGAGUGACAAACGCUUAUCUUGUAGACUUUACUGAGGGCUUUUGUGGUUUACCUUAUCUCUUCCAGUCAUCUUUAUGGAAGGUGUGCAUCCCACACACCGGACUAACUGCCUUUGGAGAUAGGACCUGCAAAGGGGAAGAGGCUCGUGGUGUUGCUUCACGUGGCUUUUUAAACAAUCGGGAGCAUGGGAGCUUUCCUUGGGGCAGAAAGACAGACAAUCGUGUAGUUUCAUCAUUUUACUACUAAGCUUAGGACAAACAAGACUGAAACUGAAGUGAUUCUCAGGGGAAGGGUAUUUUAACCAGAAAAUUACAAGGAUCUUUGUCCAGUUCUGAUGAGUAUUUUGAAAAAAAGCCUUUUUGUUUUUUUCCGAAUGCCUGUCUUCCAGAAAAGCUGCAGGAGAAGUGAUAGAACAGCAACCAAUCCCUGGACUUUCUAACUGCUCAAACUCCCCUCUUUCAGCCCUUUCUGAAGAAACCAACCAUGCCCCAAGGAAGAACUAACUGCCCCCCCUGCUGCUCAUCCCCAAUUCCUUGCAGAUGCUGCGUGGUUUCUCCCUGUUCCUGACAGGGGUGGGCAGUGGGACAGCAGUGACAGAGGCUGAGGUGCAAAGGGACCUUUGGAGGUUGUCUGGUCCAGCAGCUGCCCAGGACCAUGUCCAGACAGCUGCUGAAUAUCCCCAGGGAUGGAGACUCCACAACUGCUGUGAGCAACACAGAAACCCCUUCAGGUCUGAUCCCUCCGGGGGAGGGAAAACACACAACAGAGGAGUUUGGGAUUUGUCUGUCAUCACUCCUAUGGAGAGCAUUUUCUCUGCUCUUACCUAUUGUCUGACAUCAGGUAGGUAGAUAGUGGCAGAGGUAGAGCUCAUUUAACGCUAGGGGUAUUUUUUUGUCCUAAAUAGGAGGCUGCAGGAUUGCUUCUGCUUCCAACCUUCCCAAACUGGAAUUUUCCCCUGCUCUCUGGUGGGAGAGCAAAAGGAGGGGACCUGGGAAAGUUGGUCCUGCUCUAACUCACCCGUCAGUUCUUCCUUCCACAGUUACUCUCCUAAAAUUAUUACUGUUCCUUCUCCCUUUUGCUAGGUUUGGCUUUCUGUUCAGCCUUAAAGGUCUCUACUUUAGCAGCUUCCCUGCUUUCCACCUUGCACAGUAUCUUCAGAGUAACCCGAGGAUGCUGGAGCCCCAUUAUUUGUGAAGCGCAGCACCUCUUGCUCCGGGGUUUAGGGUAGGGACAAAGUGUAAACUCCUGAUGUGUUUCCUCACCCCUGUCUGAAGCCUCAUGGGGUGCGGAUGCAAUUCCAGCCAGGCUCUCUCACAUGCACUAUAGAAUGGGCUGGAAUUUAAAGCAGUUGUCUCUGCAACAGGGGACGGCAUCACAGAGGGCCUGGUAACGCCAAGCACAAAGCACACGCUCGCAUGUGUGAGCCGACAUGGGGCACUUUCUCUUCCUGGCUACUGUGGGGAAUUAGCCGACUCACAGGUGCAAUUCUCUCUUCCUGCGCUGUACGCCCUUUUUAACCCCAAAGGGGUACACUCAGCUGUCUGGCUGGCAGCACUUCCAUUUUAUCCUAUUUUUCAUUAGUGUGGACAGGGGUGAAGCUGAAUUAAGAGUCUGGGUCUUGGGACUACAUCAAAUUUAGCUGCUGGGAAAGCGGAAUUGAACGGAGCAGCGUUGCUGACGCAGAAUGCAAUGGGGAAAGCGGGGCGGGAAGCUGUCUGUUCCCGUCCUCCUGACACAGAACAUUUCUGCUGAGCACCACUUGUGUCAGUGAGACACAGUCAGUGUCGGCACGCCAUCAGGUGUGCUGGUGCAGGAGUUCCACGGCACACGGCAGCAGGAACCAAACCCCACUGCGUGGGGCAGCAGCUGCGCCAAAACUGCUGCGUUAACAGAGCAGCCCCUCCCUGAAGGGCAGCGGGUGCGAGCAAGCAGGAUGGGUCACGCCGUGCAGUCACCGAGCAAAGAAAUCCCAACCCCAGUGUCUGCACCGCUUACCUGAGGCAGCUUCCCCAGCAGCUGAGGUGCUCGGCCUUGUGCUUGUGGCUGCUCUUGGGCAUCAUCAGCCACUGUGAGGAGCACUAAUGAAUCCAGAAGAUUUGCAAAUAUAUCAGGCUAUUGUCUUUUUAAAAACACUCAACCCAGCCCCGCUGCUCCUCCGUAGCCAGCAGGAAAACCAAGGGGUAGCGACUACAGCACGCUCGGAAACCUCCCAGUUCAGAAUGGGGUUGUGCUCCAGUUGCCUGUAGUGUAGAACAAACCUUCAGCCUGUUCCCUGGCGGUAGGAAAUACGAGGUUAUAGGACACCUGACUUACAAUACCUACACGGUAAGAAAUGUCUGUACCAAAGGAGGUCGUUAUGUGUCGGCACGCCGUUUGUAUCAGUAGUGAACUCAUUGAGGGCAGGAACGGAUUAAAACGAAACACGUUAAUCACCAAUCACUCUACCAGUGUUGUCAACUGUUUUUUGUUUUUAAUUGUUAUUGUAAUAUAUUUUGGUUGUUUUUCUAAUUUAAUUCUCUCACUAUCGUCUGACUGUGAACUGCGAACAGUGUUAAACUUGAUGUAAAUAAGGCUCUUUGAAGGGCCUCUUUGCCUGUCGUUCCACAAAGUUUUGCCAAUUUGCAUUUUGUUUUAAAUAAAGGUUGCAAUAUUUUAUUGGCAAAAA